GUGCGUGAAUCAACUCACAGUCAAGUGACGAUUUUCAAGCUUCAUGUAGUACACUAAACAGUCAAUAGAUAGCGCUCAAUUACAAAAUAAUGGAGGUGGGUCAUCGGAGGAGCCGGUCCAAUGAUAGCAAGUCUCCCCUACAUAUGCAUAUGUGUUACCGCUUUAUUAGCUGGUCUCCCUACUCAUGUGUCCAUGGAUGGACGAAUAAAACGCGCUACAUUCACAAUAACGGUAGUAGGGUAUUACUGCGCCGGCGCUACCGUUACUGUGACCGUUACUGUGACAAAAACUACCGUUAUUGUGAACGCCGUCGCUGAAUAUUCGCGGCAACUACCGGGAACAUUACCGUUGCUCCUGGCACUCUGUCCAUUUCCAAAUACCUGCAUGGAAGGUUAUAUGAGAAGGUAACUCGCCAGAUCUGACGGAGCAUAAUUCAAUGUAAACGUGCGCAACAACAUAUUAUGGUUAAUUUAUAUGCCAUAAAUAAAAGCGGAUGAGGAAUAUUUUAUACGUACCACAAGAAACGGUACUCUAAUAAAUAAAUACUAACAGAGGAGAGACAAAAACGAUUCGAAGCAGACGAUUGCAUAACGGUUGAUAUAAACGCAGUAUAAUUUUUUUCUUGUCAUUCUGUUAUCGAUCGUACUAGACGUUGUUGGCAUUUUGUUUAUAUAUAUUCAGUAUACAAGCUGAUAUUAUAGUACAAAGAAGAUUACCAACAGCGCAGUUGUUCACCAUGGAGUUCUUGCAGAAUAUUUUCUAUUAUUGGACGGACAGUCUCGAUCCACGACUGCUCUACAUGCCGAUAAUAAAUUCCACGUAUCAGUUGCCACUCAUAAUAUUCGCAUACAUGUACUUUGUGCUCGUCUGUGGGCCUCGGUACAUGAAGAACAGACCGCCAUACUCGUUGAAGACAUUCAUAAAGCUGUAUAAUAUCGUGCAGUUUGUGGCGAACAUGUGGUUGGUGUACAGCUUUGUAAACGCAGGCAUUGUCAUAAGAAAACUCUUUUGUCCCGUAGAAAUGGACUAUACCAGGAAUCCCGUUACAACGAAGCUUAUUAGAUGCGCGUGGGGCUAUUUCUUGUUGAAGCUACUGGAUUACGUCGAGACGGUCAUAUUCGUGCUGAGGAAGAAGAAUAAUCAAGUGUCCGUCUUGCAUGUGUACCAUCACGUGUCCACCGCAAUCAUUGCAUGGCUCGGCAUAAGAUAUUACUGCACUGCUCCUAUGAUACUUAUCUGCAUAAUUAACAGCUUCGUACAUUCGGUCAUGUAUAUCUACUACUUCCUAGCGUCGUGUGGACCGGACACUCAAAAAAUGAUUGCGCCUAUGAAACCAUGGAUAACUAUAAUGCAAAUGGUACAAUUCUGUUUCAUUGUUUUGUACGUAUCGCAGAACUUUAUCUCUUAUUGCAAUGUUGUGCCUCAUAUAACCGCCAUAAUAUUUAUCCAAAACAUAUUGGUAAAUUUUUUUUUGUUCUAUAAUUUUUAUAAAAAAUCAUACACAAAGUCAAUCAAGAAAAUUCAGUAGAUUGUGAAAUGUAAAGCACAAGACAGACUCUGUGUAUUGUCUUAAUAUUAAUAUUAUUAAUAAUCUUAAUGAAAAACUACCAUGUAUACGCAUAAAAUGUAUAGUUGCAGAUAUAAAAAUAUAUAUGGUUGAGAAAUUGACCAGAGAAACAA